UCUUAAGUUGAUAGGGUGCUAUCGAAAGUUUGACAGCUGCAUCUGCGUUUUUAAUUAGUUUUUCCGUUCACUUUAUUUGCUUGACUUAUUUUCAAGAUGUCGAACAAAGCACUUAAUAUUGGUGAUCAGUUUCCCAAUUUCGAGGCCCAGACAAAUGUGGGAAGAAUAGAUUUCUAUGACUGGAUGGCCGAUAGCUGGGCCAUACUCUUCUCGCACCCGGCGGAUUUUACUCCUGUUUGCACAACGGAGCUUGCACGAGUUGCCCAAUUAAUUCCGGAGUUUUUAAAGCGUGGCAUUAAACCAAUAGCUCUCUCAUGUGACACAGCGGAGUCACAUAACGCCUGGAUCGAGGAUAUUAAGAGCUAUGCCAAGCUGGCGAGCUUUGAUUAUCCCAUCAUUGCUGAUAAUAAACGUGAAUUGGCUCUUAAGCUGAAUAUGCUGGACAAAGAUGAGUUGAGUGCAGAGGGCAUACCGCUUACCUGUCGCGCUGUCUUUGUCAUUGAUGACAAGAAGAAGUUGCGUCUCUCCAUCUUAUAUCCAGCGACAACAGGUCGCAAUUUCGAUGAAAUUCUGCGUGUUAUCGACUCGCUGCAACUGACACAAUCAAAGAGCGUGGCCACGCCCGCCGAUUGGAAACAGGGCGGCCAGUGUAUGGUGCUGCCUUCAGUGCAGGCUGUCGAUGUUCCAAAGCUGUUUCCCAAGGGGAUUGAGACAAUCCAAGUGCCAUCUGGCAAGAACUAUUUACGCAUUACGGCACAGCCGCAGAUCUAGUGCAUCCUUCCACAAAAGAC